AUGCACUCAGCGUCGUGGCCGUCGUUGGGGGUCCCGCAGCCGCAGUGGCCGCAGUUUGCGCAGAUGCGCGACUUCGUCUACACCCACACCCAGCCGCAGUGGGGAGACGUGCGUACGACCGCCACAGGAAGCACAGCGUCGGCGCAGCGACACGCAGGGAUGGGCAGUAUGGCAGGCGUAGUUGAAGACGCCACUAUCGACACGUGGGCGCCGACCAUCGUGCGCCCCCCGCCGCUGGAGGGUCAUCGUGUCUGCACAACUUGUCAGCGGUCGAAGGAGGCGUGUGUGUGCACCACAUGCAUUGUGUGCCGGCACCGUUUCCAUGCCAAUCGACAUCACUGCCGCCGCUGCUGGCACGCAGUGUGCUCCCGUUGCUGGGGACAUCGACACUACGUACACAUGCUUGGGCGGCAGAUGGUUGUGUGCGACUGCUGCUCAACGUUGUGGGCGCUGGCGAACCUCGCCAAGCGUGGCGACGGUGGCCUCUUGUGGGGGCUGUACGUACUACGGGCCGCAGGGGCUAUGCCUCGCAUGUGCAUCGGUCCUUCGUGCCAUAUUCUGACGCGACAGCUAGCGUGCUACGGGUGUGGGUUGCCCACUGUCGUGACGCAGCCGCACGCCGCACGUGUUGUUCGUGCGAAUGGGGUAUCCAGGAGUGUGAUGGACCACGUCAAGGUCCUCGACAUGCAGCAGCUCUCGCUGCGCGCCAUGGAGGUGAGCGGCAUGACGUCCACGCAGGUGGAGCGCAUGUUCCGUGGGCUUUUCCACCACUACGAAGAGGUGCUCGCCUUCCGCGCCAUCACGACCGCCGUCCUGGCACAGCGGGUGCUGCUCUCGAUGGUAGCCUCAGCAGUCGCGUACGAGUACCUGGGGGCGCCAAACAUCACCCUGAGUCUGUCUGAUAUCCCAUACGCACGUGCACUGCGCAUCACCGCAGCGCGGGAGCGCUAUACAAUCCUUGAGGCACCAGGCCGCGUGAAAUUCAUCGCCUUCCCCGGAACGCACAACUGGCGGACGCGUUGGGUGGACAUGCAGUUCGCGCGUAUCACCGAGACUGUGUGGUCGACAUUGCACGAAGGCGUGUGUCUGACGACGACCGCGGAAGACCAAGAGGGGGUCGACCGUGCCAAGACAACAGUGGCUCUCAACGGAGGUGUUCGGAAGGCUUGGGAGUACCAGGUGCACAAGGGCUUCGCGCAAGAAGCGCAGGAGGUGGAACUACCUUUCGACUCGCUUCUCGAAGACGUUCGCAGUGGCGGCUACACCCUUGUCCUGUGCGGCCACUCGCUGGGUGGGGCCACUGCGCAGUACUUGAGUCUGCAGCUACUGCAUCGCUGCGCUGCGCUGCUGGUACCCCGCGGAGGGCAGGAGGACGCGCCGAGGCUGCUCUGCGUUUCACUUGGCGCACCGCUACUCGGCAACUACGAGCUGGCUGACCACGUGCAGAGCUGCGGCUGGGCGCAUAUAUUCCACAACUUUGUCUACCGCAGCGACAUUGUGCCGCGGCUGUCGUGCACGGACGAGCUCGCCUGGGACGCGCAGUUGCGACUCGCGAACUCCGUCACCUCCGUCUUCACGGCGGCUCAGAGCUGGUGGAGGGGUGGCGGCAGCACGACUGCGCCGUUGCCAAUGGCGAAUGCCGCUGCCGCCGCCUCCUCCUCCACGGAGACUGUGGCAGCCAACAUCCCCACACGCAGUUCCGGCAGGCUCUCCACCGCGCUGGAACGCUUACGCACCAAGCCACCACCCGGGACUUCCUCUGCUGCUCCUGCCGCCUCGGCUGUUGGCGCUUCAGCUGCGUUUGCGUUUCUCUCGGUGGACGACGCGACGAGCAACGAAGGCGCCACGCCUGCAGCAGACGACAUUUUUUCAAACGAGUCAUCUGCGUUCUGGGCAGAGCAAGCGCAGUUCGCCGCCUACGUCGACACUGCUGUUCGCACCGGCCACGAUGCGCUGGAGAACGACGUGUCGGCGCCCUCUGGCGAUGCGGAAGCGCAGCGGGACGCCGACGUGGAGGCGGCCCUCCACGUCUUUAGAAGUCGCUGUGCCCGUACGAGCGGGCUCUCGUCUGAACAACUGAGCUUUAUGCAUGACGCGCGCCAGGACAGUGGCGACGCCGGUCCUGACGGCGACAAUCAGUCGGUCACACCUACUGAAGUUAAGGUUGCUGCGGACACCAUGGAGGACGUGGUGCUACCGGUGGCGUCACGCCGCAUGCACCGCCGUUUCACGUGCUUCGGCCGUUAUCACUUUAUCCAAUACGGCGCCUACGGGUAUGUUUCGACUGACGACUCGGAGACGGCCUUUGGCGUGUUGAAGCACGGCUGCGGGGAGGCCUCCGUCUUGGGGGAUCACUCCAUUGAGGCGUAUAAUCGAGGGGUGAUGGUCCACCUCUACCGUAACACCGGGCUCUAG